GACCCUGAUCGCAUGGCGCUCGUGGUGAUCUGUGGGCAGCCUUGCAGUGGUAAGUCGACGAUUGCACGCUGCCUAGUUUGCGCUCUCGAGGCCGUGGAGCCGAAACCCAAAGUACGAAUCAUUGAUGAAUCCUCCUUCCAUCUCGGCCGCAAUCAGAGCUAUGCAGAUAUGACGGCUGAGAAGAAUUUGAGGGGGAUUCUUAGAUCUGAAGUUGAUAGGUCCUUGUCAAAAGACAAUAUUAUCAUCGUGGACUCCUUGAAUAACAUUAAGGGUUAUAGAUAUGAGCUGUGGUGCCUUGCUAGAGCCGCUGGAAUACGAUACUGUGUGCUUUAUUGUGAUACUGGAGAGAACUACUGUAAGGAAUGGAACAAUAAGCGUGGGGAAAAUGAAGAAUCUUCAUAUGAUCCUAAAAUAUUUGAUGACCUUGUGAGCAGAUUUGAGAGGCCCGACCGCCGGAACCGCUGGGAUUGCCCUCUUUUUGAAUUGGUUCCAUCUAGGGAAGGAAUUGAGCAAUCAUCUCCAGUUAUUGCAGAUGCUGUCUCGUACCUGACUAGAAAGGUGGACUCAAGAACAAGAGAUAUUAGAGUUCUUCAGCCUACUAUUGCAACACAGAAUGUACGAGCCACAGAGGCAAAUUCGCUAUAUGAGUUGGACAAAGCAACCCAGGAGGUAAUCAAUGCCAUAGUAGAAGCGCAGUCUCAAGCUCUUGGAGGAAGCUUAAAUAAGGUUUCAAUUGGUCAACACUAUCCAACUGUCAAUAUCGAGAGACGAGUUGGAUUACCUGAGCUAAAAAGCCUACGGCGCACAUUUAUAAAGUUAACUGGGCAAACCAGCUUAAGUGGCCGCCCUCCUCCUUCAGAUGCAGAGAGUGCCAAGAGGAUGUUUGUGGACUAUUUGAACAGGGAAAUUGGUACUUCAUAAUGUUAUUUUCUUUCGUCAUUAUUAUGGAAAAAUUAUUAUGUGCGGAGAUUGGACAUAGAGACAUGUCCGGACAACCCCUUAAAAUUUGACACGUGAAGUGCAAUUUGAUUGCACUUUUUGUGCGCUUAUCUGCACUUUAGUUGCUCUUUGCUUGCUCUUUUGUUGCGUUUUUUUACUGAGCUUUGGCUGCGCUUCACCUGCACUUUGGCUACGUUUUUGAUACUCUUGGCUUAAAUAUAUAAAAUAAAAAAUAAAUCCAAUUAAAUAUCCACGUGUAAAUAUUUUAUUGGAGUCCGGACGUACCUCUACGUUCGGUAUCUGCACCUAAUAAUUUGCCCAUUAUUAUGUGAUUACAGAAUUGUUUUAGCAAAAUGAUUUCUUACUUUAUAAUUGUAAUUUAAUAUUUCCUUGACGCAAGAAUGGUGAUUGUUACAGCAAA